AGCAUCGAAAGUCUGAAGGGCAUUCCUUACUCCGGUUGCCUUCUAAUUAGACUUAAGGGCAAGGAGGAGCCAUGGAGGACCUAAAAGGGGAUUCAGGAUGGAGACAGAUGGUGUGAGACUCCGUAUGGAUGGAAGUGAACACUGGCUCUGAUAGAAAGUGAGAGAUGGAAAAAGAGAGGGCAAAGGAGAGGGAGGUGCUAGGAAAAGGUAGAGAUUGAGAAGAGAGGAUGGGAGAGAGGAGGUACUUGGUUUGGCCACUUUAACCGUCCAUUUUGACAAUGUAGAUAUGUUAAUAACUGUAUGGAUGGGUGAACUUCUAUGUGCUGGCAAACACAUAGACGUCCUGCAAGUCUACAAAACAAAAGCCUGCAAAAGAAGAAAGGCAGAGAGAGGAAGAGGUGAGCAUUUCAGGGUGAACAUCUGGUCGCAACUUUCCUUUGAGAUUCACAGCAGCUGCAACUACCGUAAACCUGACAAGCGGUCCAACAGCAGUGAGACUAGGGCACUUGAAAUGGACUGGUAAUGAAAUGCUCACAAAACAUUGAGGCACAUCAGGACGAGACUGACCAGGGAGUGUCAGCGCUUUGGUGAUGAUCUCUACAUGUGACACAUGCUGCCUGAGGAUGUGACAUAUAUGGACAACAUGAGAAAACCAGAAGAAGUCUUCUUGAAAAGCCAUAUUUAUCAAUCUAUAAUUUAGGAACUAUGGGUUACUCACGUUUUUGUUGGUGCAUCUCCACGUGACAAUACUACCGUCAUGAUUUUAUGAGCCACCGGUGUUGACGUUUUAAAAACAGAAAUAUAAUCCACCAUGUUUAAACGGUGGCUUUUAGCCCUGUCGGCCCGGGUCGGCCUCACUGUGCUAGGCCUCGGCUGCUGCCUGUCCCUGUUCUACCUUCUCGCCUGUAAACCGACGUCUCACAGCAGCCAGCAGUUUCUGCUGUGGUCUGGUGGGGCCACCAGCAAGGAAGGAUACAUGGCCUUGUUGCAAGAGAGGGAGGACUCUCACAGACAUUACAUCAACAGCCUGACAAAGCAGAUAGCCCAGCUGAAAGAAGCUCUCCAGGAGAGGACGCAGCAGCUUCAAGAGUCCCUGGAGAAAGCUAAAACAAGAGGGAUUUUUCCUCAGGGUCUGGAGAGUCUGCACAGAACCCCGACACAGACUGACCUUAAGGAUUUCCUACGCUCCCAGCUGAACCAGGCAGAGGUGAACUCAGGUGUAAAGCUGCCCAGCGAAUAUGCAGUGAUUCCUUUUGACACUUUCACCUUACGAAGGGUGUACCAGCUGGAAACAGGGCUGACAAGGCACCCAGAGGAGAGGCCUGUGAGGCCAGACCGCAGAGACGAGCUGAUAAGCACAGUGGAAACAGCUCUGCACGUCCUGAACGGACCUCAGCAACACACUGACAACACCAGACAGAAGCGCACAUACUCCCCUUCGGACUUCAUAGAGGGGUUGACCCGUACCGAGCGGGACAGAGGAACUGUUUACGAGCUGAUGUUUAAAGGCGCCGGCCCCCAGGACUUUACACAGCUCGUGCUCUUCAGGCCAUUUGGUCCCGUGAUGAAGGUGAAGAGCGAGAGCGUGGACACGCGCAGCGUGCUCAUCAACAUCAUUGUACCUCUUUCCAAGAGGCCAGACGCAUUCAGGCAGUUCAUCAAAAACUUCAGAGAGGUUUGCAUUCGGCUGGACGGUAGGGUGCAUCUGACUGUGGUCUACUUUGGUCGAGAUCAGAUAGACCAAGUGAAGGCAAUGCUGGACCAGACCACCAGAGAGACUCGGUUCAGGAGCUUCACUUUGAUCCAGCUGAAUGAGGAGUUUUCUCGUGGUCGGGGCUUAGAAGUGGGCUCCAGGGCUUGGCGGCGCAGUCAGAAUGUCCUGCUCUUCUUCUGUGAUGUUGACAUCCACUUCACCACCGACUUCUUGACUUCCUGUCGUCUCAACGCAGAACCUGGUAAGAAAGUGUACUAUCCAGUGCUCUUUAGUCAGUACAACCCAUCUAUUAUCUAUAGUAAUGAGACACUUCCACCCUCCAUUCAACAACAACUGGUGAUAAAGAAGGAAACUGGAUUCUGGAGAGACUUUGGGUUUGGCAUGACAUGCCAGUACAGGUCGGAUUUCCUCAACAUAGGUGGUUUUGACCGUAACAUCAAAGGUUGGGGGUUGGAGGACGUGCACCUGUACAGGAAGUACCUUCACAGUAAGCUGAUGGUGAUUCGCUCUCCGUCCAGAGGCCUUUUCCACUUGUGGCACGAGAAGAACUGUGCAGACGAGCUUCCUCCAGACAAAUACAAGAUGUGUAUGCAGACCAAAGCCAUGAGCGAAGCCUCGCACGGCCAGCUGGGGGAGUUGUUAUUCAAACAAGAGAUUGAGGUUCAUUUGAGCUCCCAAAAGCAGAUGAACAGAGGAGCAUGAUGAGGACAGCAUGAUACGCUUUGGUGAC